AUGAGCCUUCUGAACGCUUCCCGAGCUGCCAUGAAAGCCAUUUCUUUGCCUUCUGCCGCCUUCGUUCCUACCGCGGCCCGCAGCAUGGCUACCGCAGCUACUCAGCCUCAUCCUCAGGGCCUUGAAAAGGCCUCUGAUGUUCCUCCUGGGCAUCUUGCCACAACUGGAAAACUCCAGACCUUUAUCUUGCCUGAGGAAGUCUCCGGCAGUGAAGAAGAUAAGAAGCUUGGAAAAGCCAUUGUCGAUGCCUGGAAGAAAGAUGGGAUCUUGCAGAUUGCCAUGAAGCCAGAGCAGCAGGGCUUGUACAAGGCUGCUAACCUUGCCAGCAAGCGCUUUUUCAGCAAGCCGUAUGCGCAGAAGGCUGCCUGUAUUGACAGUCAGACUUACUCUGGAUACAUUGCCAGUGGUGAAGAGUUGACUGAUGGUAUUGCCGACUACAGUGAGAUCUUCACUGUCACUAAGGAUCUCGAACUUGAUGAGCCUAGGGUGGUUGCAAAGUGGCCUUGCCACGGACGCUGCCCUUGGCCGGACUAUGAGAUGAAGAACCCCAUGGAGCGCUACAUGAAUAGCCUUGGUGAAAGUGGCGAGAUUCUCCUCAAACUCACUGAGCUGGGCCUCGGUGUGCCCGAGGGGUCUCUUACCGAUUACACUAAAGAUGGCUGGCAUCACAUGAGAAUCCUUCGCUUUCCGGCCAUCAACAAGACCAAUGAAAAGGGUAAGGAGGGUCGUGGAAUUGGCUCUCACACUGAUUACAGACUUCUGGUCCUUGCAGCGGCUGACGAUGUGGGAGCUUUGCUUGUUCGCCCUCCGCAACAAGGCGACAACUUUUCCAACUGGGAGAAGAGUGCAGCGGGCUUCAAAGAAGACGAUGAUGGAUGGUUGUUUGUGCCUCCCGCAGAGAAUGUGUUUACCGUCUUUCCAGGUGACAUGAUACAGUAUCUCACCAAUUCGUUCCUUCCAUCCACGCCCCACAAAGUUGGACUCAACAUCCGGGAGAGGUUCGCCUUUGCUUACUUCCACGAACCGAGCUUCCAGGCUGUUAUCAAACCCCUCCCUGGGUACAACGCUGGCCAGGAACCUAAAGAAGGAGUGCAAUAUGGCAAGCACUUUACUGAUAUGUUUGAGAAACUAUCCUGA